AUGUUCAAAACUUGGGAUCACAUCGGCCAAUUCAUCAACACAGGGUUAUUGGCCCUCAUUGGCCCAUCAGCAGGCACCAUCAACUAUGGCCUGUUUGUAUUGUCGGGCCUCUCAGUGUUGUGUGCAGUAGCUUCAUCACUCCUCCAACGUCAAGGUCCUUCCCUAAGUGCUGCACAGGCACUUUCGGUACUGUUUUCGGCUCCUGAUGCCCCCACCCCGAACUUCGCCUCACCACAAGCGCAAUCAAAUGUUCCAAUGUGGCAGUUCCUACAUGAAAACUCGAACCCUGGAGCUCAAUAUCCAACCCCAGCGGUUGCUCCAGCUUUCCAGGGAACACGUGAUCAAGAGGAGGAACAAGCUGUCGCUCUUAUACUCCAUUUGCAACCCAACCCUUUCCUCCAAGACGUCAAUAUGCAUCAGGAACCGGGCACCGAAUCAAUCCCGCUGCAAGGAAUAUUGAUGGUCGGGGAUUCUCCCUUGGUUCGUCCCUGUGAUCUUCGUCUUUGGUUUGCUAAUUUGGUGCCAACAGCUGCAACCGGAAAUACCUGUUCCUCAAAACUACAGGCUUCAGGCUCACAAACAACUCUGCCAGGAAAUGCGACCACGACCACAAUUUCUCACUUGCUUUCGGACCAAGACGUGAACAUGUCAGAAAACCCACCUGCUAAUCCCAGGCCUAUCACCAACAUCCCAAUCAAUGACCCUAGCCCUAUCACAAAAUUGCAGAAUAGCGAAAACAUCCACUGCAACAUGGAAGGCACCUCUGACGAUAAUGGAACAGCUUGUCCACCCACCUCUGGUGCAACUGAUGCUCCAUUGGACAUUGGAAAUUUUAUGGCUUUGAGCAGGCUUUCAUCGGAACUUACCUCACUUCUUCUGCGUGGCAUCGGAAUAGCCGUGCAGGAAGGGGUGAAACAAGGGGUGAAAGAGGCUUUAGAGACAAUAGCAUCACCAUCAAAGGCAACACCAUCAAAGAAAUCACCCACUAAGAGGUCAGCCUCCCACAAAAACAGUGAACCAAUGUCCCAUGACGGAAGUUCUGAAUCUUCCACCGAUGACGAUGACUUCAUCUCCGCAAGAAAACCAACUGGUGAGAAGACUGAUGAAGAGAAAUCAUUUCAUACCAUCCUGACGGAUUAUUUGAAGGGAAAGAGCCUCUGGAAUACACAUGCCAGUAAGACCGCAGACUGGUGCUUGGUCAACGACUUCGAAAACGACAACAACAACGGUCCCACCCUUGAUGAUCCUGUCUUUGACUGGUCUUCGAAGAUGAGCAGCAUGUGGAACAAGUCAUAA